CAGAACGAUGCUUUCUUUGGAGCUGAAAUAACGGCCGAUUAUGCGGAAGCAAUUCGUGCUAUGAGGCUGUGGAUUCGAAUACAACGGCAGCUUCCUUUUCGACUCAUCGGUUCUGUCGUGCCGGUAAAUGCCCAGCGAAUUAGCGAUCUGUUUCUUGUUACUACCAUUCUUGCUGUCGAACAGUAGUAUCAGUGUAUCAGUCUACCACUGUCAUCUUUGAUGUCGAACAGUAGUAACAGUGUAUCGAUCCCGGUUUCGGACAAUGAGUUUGACGAGGUGGAAAGGAUGCGUGUUCGAGCCCGGAGGAAGCGCAAAAAACUAGGAAGCAGAGUCAAGAACGAGUUGGCUCGUCGAGUUUUUAGAAUGAUGCUGAGAUAUUGGUUGGUUGUCUUCUUCCUUAUUGCUGCGGGCUUGCUUAUAUUUGAGGCAACAAGAAUUGGUCGGAAAUCGAGGAUGGAGGCGAAGUCGGAACUUGGUGACACGACGAGACCUACGUUAGGCGACUCGGUACUUGGAACUGAUAAGAAGUCGGGGUUGGACAAUAAACCAGAUGGGAAUUUGAAUAGACUCGAUCCUGUUACUCGGAUGGUUGCCGGAGUAAGAGAACCUUGCUUGAAACUUCUGCCACCAAAAGAACUUGAGCAAUUGGAUAUUCCUGUGCACGAUGGUUCGCCAGUUCCAGCGAUUGAUGUGAACUACAUAACUGAGAAUGAUAAUUCAAUUUUAAGAGAUAAAACUUCCCAGUCGCGACAGAGCACGGAGGCCACAAGAUUUAAUCUUUUUACCGGAUACCAGACUCUCGAUCAGAGAGAAAAAAGUUUUCAGGUAAAUGGAGCUGUUGAGGUACAUUGCGGUUUUUACAGUGAAAAUGGGGGUUUCAGAAUUUCUGAUGGAGACAGAAAUUACAUGCAAACAUGCACCCUUGUGGUGUCCACAUGUGCAUUUGGUGGUGGAGAUGAUCUUUAUCAACCAAUUGGAAUGUCAGAUGCAUCACUUCGUAAGGUUUGCUAUGUUGCAUUCUGGGAUGAAAUCACUUUAAGUGCACAGGAGUCGAUGGGACAUAUUAUUGGCGAGAAUGGAUUUUUUGGGAAGUGGCGCAUUAUAGUUGUGAGGGAUCUUCCUUUCACUGACCAAAGAUUGAAUGGUAAAAUCCCGAAGAUGUUGGGUCAUCGUCUCUUCCCUAAUGUGAAGUACUCCAUUUGGGUAGAUUCAAAGUCUCAAUUCAGGAGGGAUCCUCUAGGAGUGUUUGAAGCUCUUCUUUGGCAUUCAAAUUCUGAAUUUGCAAUAUCACAACAUGGAGCUCGUAGUAGUGUCUAUGACGAGGCUGGAGCUGUGGUCAGGAAGCAUAAAGCCACCCCAGAAGAAGUUGAUAUGCAGAUAAAACGGUACCAUCAUGAUCACUUCCCAGAUGACAAGAGAUUUAACGGACAUAAAGCUCUUGCAGAGGCCUCUGUGAUUGUUAGGGAGCACUCGCCAGUGGUGAAUUUGUUCAUGUGCCUCUGGUUUAAUGAGGUGGUGCGCUUUACUUCGCGGGAUCAGCUGAGCUUCCCAUAUGUUCUAUGGCGGCUGAAACUUCUGAAGAAAAUUCAUAUGUUCCCCGUUUGCACUCGCAAAGAUCUUGUCAAUAGUAUGGGCCACAUUCGCAAGGCUAAGCCUCUGAAUGUAAGCCGAUUAUCUUGAGCUACUUUGAAGCCUGGAAACUUUGCCUGUAAUUCCGAUUCAUUCUUUAAUUUAUUUAGUGAUCUUCUGCUCUGUAUAAAUCAUUCUUGGUUACAUGGCUCUUAUAAUGACAGGUUUCUUCUUUCUUCUUACAAGGUUAAUUCUUAAGAGAUGAUGGUUUAUGGCUGAAUGUAGGUUUUUGGCCACAACCAAUAUAUUAUUGAACAAUCCAAUUGAUUUUUUUUCUUUGGCA